AUGGGUGCCUCUUCGCCAUGUGGUUCAUGCAAACUGCUGAGGCGUCGACGCGCCAAAGACUGCAUCUUUGCUCCUUACUUCCCUUCCCACGAUCCUCCCAAGUUCGCCAUUGUUCAUAAAGUCUUUGGCGCUAGGAAUGUUAGCAAAAUGUUGCAGGAGCUGGCGAUUGAGCAGAGAGCAGAUGCUUAGCCUGUAAGCAGCUUAGUUUAUGAAGCAAACGCAAGAGUGAGGGACCCUGUGUACGGAUGCGUAGGGGCCAUAUCCUACCUUCAAAAUCAAGUCUCACACUUGCAGAUGCAGCUCGCGGUGGCUCAGACCAAGAUACUUUGCAUUCAGAUGCAGCACGAGUCGACUCAGAUACACCAACCCACUAAUAAUAACUUAGAUCCCAUCUCCCGAUACCUUAACUUCGCUUCUUCUUCUACCAAUGUAAUCCAAGACCCUCUACCUCUCAAGAGAGAGACUCUUUGGACUUAA